GGAGUGCAACUUAUUCUCUUAACCAAAGAGUCUUUUUAAAACUGAGACAGAAAAAAAAAACAUGAAUAAGACAUUGCUUCCAGAGCUUUAUGACUUCGAGCGGCACUUCGAUGAAAAUAGUGCAUUUAAAUGGUUUGAAGAGAACUGGACCUUGUCCUUUGUACUGUCCGCUCUGUAUGCUGUGGUGAUAUUCCUCGGCCGGUACCUGAUGAGAGACAGACAGAAGUGGGACCUGCGUGUUCCGCUGGUGCUCUGGUCCUUCAGCCUGGCUGUGUUCAGUAUAAUAGGAACACUGCGUACCGGCUCCUACAUGCUGCGCCUCCUCAGCACCGCCGGAUUCAGACAGACCGUGUGUGACACAGACUUAUACACCGCCCCCAUCAGCAAGUUCUGGGCCUACGCCUUCACCAUCAGCAAGGUGCCCGAGUUCGGAGACACAGUGUUCAUCGUUCUGCGUAAGCAGCGUCUGAUCUUCCUGCACUGGUACCACCACAUCACAGUGCUGCUGUACACUUGGUACACCUACAGAGACAGAGUCGCGGGAGGGUGCUGGUUCAUCACCAUGAACUUCACCGUGCACUCGCUCAUGUACACCUACUAUGCAGCGAAAGCGGCCGGCCUGCGUCUUCCUCGGCCCUGCGCCAUCAUCAUCACCACCCUCCAGAUUCUACAGAUGGCUGUGGGCCUGGUGGUGCUGAUGCUCGUGUACCUCUGGCAGAACGACGCGGUGUGCAGAUCCACGGACAGCAACAUCACCUGGGGCUCGAUCAUGUACCUCAGCUACCUACUGCUCUUCGUUUCCUUCUUCUACCAGUCGUACCUGAACAGGGGGAAGAACGAGACGGCCAGGGAGAGGAGAGUUAAAGCUGAAUAGGGUCUGUUGGACAGGAGCCGGUGCUGUCUUUCUGUCUGUCUGUCUAAUUACUGUAGCUUUCUGUCUUCUGUCUGUUCAUGGUUUGGAUUAUGGUGUGUAUGUUUCAUGAAGUGUGCAGUUAGGCCAGGUUUACACUGCAUAAUUAGUGUAAUAGACCAAAAUAAUUAAAACACACACCAUAUGAACAAAGUGCACAUUGUAACAUACUGUAGUUAUUGCAAGCUAUUGAUUUGACGGUUACAAAACAUUAUAUAUAAAUCGGACAAAUUUUAAUUAUUAUUAUACUAUCCAUGAAAGUGAUUCUGUAUAAAAUGCUUGAACUUGAGCACACAGGACUACAGUAAAUGUUUACAGUAGUCAAUCAUGUAGUAAUAAUCAUGCAGUCAGACACUGCCCUCUGGUGGUACAGUGCAAACUGUACCUGUCUUUAUUAUCUCUAACUGAUUUGA